AUGGCGCCCAAAGAUGGCGGCGAUGCUCGCCCAUUGGAAAUGAACCCACCCCCCAGCUACUUCGCGACCAGAAAUGCCAUCUUCGACCGCCUAAAGGCUGAGCAGGAUGCCGCCCGAGCGAAGCAGCCUCGAGAGCCCAUCGAGGUCACCCUCGGCAACGGCAGCAAAAAGGAGGGGACCAGCUGGGAGACCUCACCGUCUCAGAUUGCCCGGGAGAUUUCCAAGAGCCUGUUCGAGAGGACGGUCAUUGCACGGGUCGAUGGCGAGCUAUGGGACAUGGACAGGCCGCUCGAAAAGAGCUGCAGUCUGGAGUUGUUGGAUUUCGACCACCCUGAAGGCAAGAAGGUCUUCUGGCACAGCAGUGCUCACAUUCUCGGUGAAGCCUGUGAGCGGAGGUUUGGUUGUUCAUUGUGCAUCGGUCCUCCAGUGGAGGAUGGAUUCUACUAUGAAAUGGCUCUGCCCGAGAUGGCGGCGGUCACCAACGCCGACUGGAAGCCUCUCAAGCAGAUCGUCGACAAGGUCGUCAAGGAGAAGCAACCGUUUGAGCGGCUCGAGCUGAGCAAGGAGGAUCUCUUGGAAAUGUUCUCUUACAACAAGUACAAGCAGCACAUCAUCAACGACAAGAUUGCAGACGGCACCCGCACAACUGUAUACCGUUGCGGUCCUUUGAUCGAUCUUUGUCGAGGUCCCCAUGUGCCUAACACUGGUCGCAUCAAGGCCUUUGAGAUCAUGAAGAACUCGGCCAGUUACUUCCUCGGAGAUGCGAACAACGACAGCUUGCAACGUAUCUAUGGUGCGCUCGAGGAACACAAGCACUUGCUCGAGGAGGCGGCAAAGCGAGAUCACCGAAAGAUCGGCCAAGAUCAAGAACUUUUCUUCUUCCACCAAAUGUCUCCAGGUUCCGCAUUCUUCCUCCCGCACGGUAUGAUCAUCUACAACGCAAUGCACGCCUAUAUUCGCGAGGAAUACUGGAAGCGCGGAUACCAGGAGGUCCAGUCACCCAACAUGUACAACUCGGCCCUCUGGAAACAGUCUGGUCAUUGGCAGCACUAUAAGGACGACAUGUUCACAUUCGACGUUGAGAAGGAUCAGUGGGCGUUGAAGCCAAUGAACUGUCCUGGACACUGUUUGCUCUUCGGUCAUCGCGAGCGAAGCUACCGUGAACUGCCCAUGCGCAUUGCAGACUUUGGAGUGCUUCACCGAAAUGAAGCAUCUGGUGCAUUGACCGGCAUGACUCGUGUGCGACGUUUCGUGCAGGAUGACACACACAUCUUCUGCACAGAAGCCCAGGUCGAGCAGGAGAUCAACGGCCUGUUUGAUUUCAUGACUGCUGUCUACGGUCGAUUUGGCUUCAAGUUCCGCAUGAAGCUCUCCACCAUGCCCGAUAACCAUCUCGGUGAUGUGGCCACUUGGGAACGCGCCGAAGCUCAGCUCACCAAAGCGCUUGAAGCAUUCAAGGAGUCGACGGGAACUCCGUGGGAGCUUAACCCUGGCGAUGGUGCAUUCUACGGGCCUAAGAUCGACGUCACCAUCAGCGAUGCCCUGAAGCGAGAGUUUCAAUGUGCCACCAUUCAGCUUGAUUUCCAAUUACCGCAGCAAUUCAACCUCGAAUUCCGUACCGACGAGCAGGCUGGACCUGUAGCCAAAGAUGCCGACAAAGCGGCACCGAAAGAUGCUGAGAAGGCGGCGCCAAAGGAUGCUGCCGCCAAAGAGCUUCCUAUCCGCAGCGCGGCGCCAGCUGCGGCCGCCCCAACCGCUGCACCUGAGACCGCUGCUGCGUCUGCUGACGAUAAGAAGGAAAAGGAGAUCGACUACCGUCGGGAGCUCACCCCCGGCUGUGCUCGCCCUGUCAUGAUCCACCGUGCUAUCUACGGAUCGUUCGAGCGCUUCAUUGCCAUUCUCACCGAGCAUUUCGCCGGAAAGUGGCCCUUCUGGAUGUCACCGCGUCAAAUCCUGAUCGUACCUGUCAUGCCUUCCGUCAACGACUACGUCCUGGAGCUACAGACGCUCUUCCGCGCUCAGCGCAUGCAUGUCGACGUCGACCUCUCCGGAAACACCAUGCAGAAGAAGAUCCGCACGGGUCAGCUGCAGCAGUACAACUUCAUUUUCGUCGUUGGCGCGCAGGAGCGGGAUUCUCGCAGUGUCAACAUCCGGAAUCGUGACGACUUGUCCACUCAGAAGAUGGGCGAGCUUAUCCCUGUGGACCGCGCGCUGGAGCUGCUCACUAAGCUGCGAGACGAGAGGAGGUUAAGCAGCGCACUCCAGGCGAAGCCAGAAGAGGAGGUCAAGGUCGAAGCGGGCCAAGCAGCGCCUGCUGAUGUUGUUGACGCGAAAUAA